AUGGAAAACUUCCAGUACAGUGUCCAGCUGAGUGACAAGGACUGGGCCGAGUUCUCGGCCACCGCAGAGGAGUGUGGCCUCCUGCAGGCUGGCCUGGCCUCUGGGGAUGAGCUCCUGUCCAGUGACAUUGACCAAGGAGACAGCAGUGGCAGCAGUCCCCCAGGGCCCCUGACCCUUCUCGAGGGGCGGCCGGCUCCCGGGGGGCGUGGCCGGCCUGGCUCUGAGGAGGAGGACCAGGCGGCAAGGCAGCAGCUGGUCAGCAGAUCUUGGCAGGAACCCGACCUGGCCCAGGGCACUGGUCAGCAGAUGCCCAGCACGUCCGCACGGUCAGCGUCUCAACAGUCCCUCAGCCCUGGCACCUCCCCUCUCGGCCACAGCCCAUCCCUCCUCGGGCCAGUGACUUCCAGAGACGAGAUGCAGAGGCUUCUGCAGGGGCCAGCCCCCCGAGACCCUCCCGCCAGCCCCCCCGGUGAGCCUCCGCGAAGCCCCGAGUCCCCUGGCACCAGCCCUGCCCCCCAGAGGUCCCCCGGCAGCCCCGGAGCGCCGCCACGCAGCCCCCGCCGGAAGAAGAGGCGAGCCGCGGGGCCCAAAGGGGGGGGGCGCCUGGGCACUGCGGGCUCCACGCCGGCCCAGCAGAGCUCCCCGCAACUCUCUGAGCCCAGGCCCAGGGAGGGCCUUGUCCCAGCUGGGUCCCGGGGGAAGGGUCUCUCGGCGGGGGCGGCGGGGCAGGCGGUGGGGCAGACGGUGGGAGCCGGGCAGGCUGAGCUGGGGCCGGAGCCUGCGGGAGCCCCUGAGCAGGUGGCCGGCCCAGGGCCGGGUCUGGAUCUGUCUACACCUGUCCCUACAACUGAGCGAGGUCCUGACCUGCUCAGAACGACCCCCAGAACUGAGCUGCGCAGUGCACCCGCACCGGCCCAGGAGGCCCCCCCAGGGGUCUCCGCGGCUAAGUCAGACACAGCUCUGACCGCACUGGCCGCCAAGCCCCAACCGGACACGACUCUGUCUACACCUGCCCACGAGCCCCAACCUGACACGCCCGUGUCCGCACCCACCCGCGAGCCCAGGACGGAUGUGGACCCGCCUGCACUGGGCCUGAUGGUCCAGCCAGAGGGGAACUCGUCUGCACCCACCUGGAAGGGCCAGGCCGAUGCGGGCACAGCUGGACCUGCCCUCGUCCCCCAGGCUGGGCCUGACACCACGGAGCCUGGCAUUGCCCCCACGGCCAGGCUGGAUUUGAGCUCCACUGUGUCUUCAGGGGGCCACCGUGUGAAGCCCAGAGGGGAGCCCCCAGCAGGUCCCCCCGGACACCACUUGGGAGAGACCCCCACAGGUCCCGUCCAAGCCCCCAAGAAGAAGAAAGUGCGGUUCUCCUCAGCUGUGCCAAGCCCCGAGGAGCCGGGGGCCGGACGGGCUUCAGGCCCACCCACGCUAGCCACAGCCUGGCCCUCAGCCCCCAGGACAGUGGCUGGGGGCCGUGGGGGGCCGGGAGCUUGGGACGCAGUGGCAGUGGGACCCCGGCCACCCCAGCCUCGGAUCCUCAAGCACCUGCCUUCCCCUGUGCCCUCUGCCUCUGGGGGGCCCGAAUACAAGAGCCGCUUCGCAGUGACCGUCCCAGAAGCCUAUGAGUUCUUUUUCUGUGACACCAUCGUGGAGGAAGAUGAGCAGGCUGAGGAGGAGGCAGAGGCGAGCCAGUCCCUGGCCGAAGUCCAGUGGCCGGACGUGUGCGAGUUCUUCUUCCGGGACCGUCGGGCCCAGAGGCUGGGGCGUCAUAGUGGCCGCUGCCCGGCCCCAGACCCACCGGCCCAGCCCGGGCCUGCCCCUUUGCCCAGAGACCCCAUGCCCAUCUCCAUCCCCGAGGCCUACGAGCACUUCCUUGGGGAGGACAAGCUGCGGGGAGUGCUGGAUCCAGCCACCCUGCUCCGGCUGCAGGCCGCAGAAACCCCCAGGUUGGAACCCCAAGGGAAGGCGCCUGGCACCCCCACAGAGCCCAGCGCAGCCACAGCAGAGCAGCUCGACCUGGCGGUCAGGCCAGCAGGGGAGUCUCUGGGUCCCCUCACCUCGUUCACCUUCAGCCAGAACGACAUGUGCCUGGUGUUCGUAGCCUUUGCCACCUGGGCUGUGAGAACGUCAGACCUGCACACCCCAGACGCCUGGAAAACAGUCUUGCUGGCCAACAUCGGCACCAUCUCCGCCAUCCGCUACUUCCGCCGGCAUGUGGGGCGGGGACGCCCCAGCCCCAGCCCCAGCCCCAGCCCCUAG